AUGAAAGGGGGAAUUUCAUAUCUGAUGGCUAUUAUACUUUUGGCUUGCUUAACGGCUACACUAGUGAAAAUGACAGCGGGUCAAGGUAUUAUGGGUGAAUCUGUUAAAUGUUCAAAAGAAGGGGAAAUUAUUAAGACGCUGAUGGAUAAAACCAGAAAUCUGUGUAUUAUAUGUGUCUGUAAAAACAAAAUUGCAGAUUGCAGCAGUACUUGUCCUAAAUUACCAGACAGUUGUACUACUUACGAAUAUCGAAAAGACUCCUGUUGUCGAAUUUGUAAAGGUUGCACAUUUAAAAAUCGCAUUUAUAGUCACGACGAGAAAUGGACUAUUCAAGUCAAAGAUGGUGAGAAAAGUUAUUGGAAAAGAUUAAUAUGCCAAAAUGGGUUAAUAACCAUGCACAAAAUCGAAUGCUUCGUGCCGUGUAAAAACCCUAUCUAUCUGGAUAAUCAUGAAUGUCCAAUCUGUGAAAAAUGCAAAUUUCAUGGGAAAAAAUAUAAUGAAGGAGAAUUAUUUGCACCAUUAGCAGACAAAAACGUUAUAUGUACCUGUAAGGGGAAGGUCUUGACAUGUAUGAAAAAAGUCUGCCCGAUAUUAUCUUGCCAUCCAGAAACACGAGUGGUGGUUGAAUAUGAGCCUGGUUUAUUUUGUCAAAUCUGUUCAACGUUAUCUACUGUAAAUUGUGAAUUGAAUGGCUUUAGAUACCAAAAUGGAAGCCAAUGGGAAGAAGGUUGUAAAACAUGUUCCUGUAACAAUAACGUGGUAAAGUGCAAAGCCAUAACCUGUCCACCACUCCUAUGCCCUAGCGGCAAGCAACCAUAUUUUCUCCCUGGGAAGUGCUGUCCAGUAAGAUGCUUCUCAGCUACAGAUACAUGCCGAGUUUAUCAAGAAUUUAAUUCCGCUCAUAUUAGAACAUUUGAUAAGCACAAUUAUCCAAUAAAUGGCGGCUGCAAAUAUAUCAUCGCCAAGAGUUGUAAACCAGCUCUGGCAAAUUUCACCAUUUUAGGCCGGUUUGGAGCUCGUAGCUCUGAUAAUAAGCCACUAUUAAGCCAUGUUUACCUAUACUUUGGAAAUUCUAACCAAAUCGUACUAUUACCAACAAUGAGAGUAAAAUAUAAUCAACGCAGCGUCAAUUUGCCUUAUCACCAAUCCAAUUUACUCCAAAUUGAGACCUCAUCUUCCUUGAAAUCAAUUAUAGUCAAAACUAAUUUUGGAUUGCAACUAACAUUUAGUAAAAAAUCUGAUCUAAGAGUAUACGCUUCACCCGAUUAUGCCGGAAAAGUUGGUGGUAUUUGUGGCAAUUACAACGGCAAUAAGAAUGACGAUAUCUCUAUUAUUAAUGGAAACAGUAAAACCAAAUUAAAAGAUUUUUUACUAAAGUGGAAAGUUGGCAAAGGUUGCAACAAAUUUAAAGGUAAUCAUUUAUUACCAACAUCAUGUAAAAAAUUUUUACCUCAAAAAGCAGCUGCAGUUUGCAUGUGGAUUUACCAAGUUGAUUUCCUGCCUUGUACUAUCGAUCGAAAUAAAUAUCAUCAAUUAUGUUUGAACACAACAUGCAAUGAUUGUCCUUACAGCAGUGCAGAAGUAUGCGCAUGCAAAAUCCAGAAACAAUAUGCACUAGAUUGCUUAACCAUUAAGGGCAUUAAUAUUCGUUGGGACAUGCAUAAUAAAUGUGCAGAAUUGAGUUCAAAGCACUAA